UGUUUAGAAUUUUGGCUUGGGCAUCGCUUACCCCACUUUCCCCUAGCUGGAAAAAAAUGAAUGAACUGCAGUGUUUUUUAAAAGAUUAGACUAGGCCUAGAGUAAAUAAAUGAACAAUUCURGCUAAGGAAAACUGCAUGCAAUUCAAAAACAUGACAAUGCAUUCAACAUACACAUUACAUACCAUACAAACAAAGACCUGUAUUACUAUUGCCAAUUUGAUUGGCAAUAGUCAGGUGACUGCCGUCAGCUGAUUGCCUCCAGACAGAAUAUGACCGACCUGUCAGAAACUCAAUGAGGAUCGGCUGAGUUUAGCAUAAUCGAGUCUCUCUACGACUUUUGGGGCUUAUAUUUCACUAACGUGGACAACAGUUUGCCAACAGUUACUAAGAUGAGCGGGUUGCCGGUUGGGAUGGCGAAUGUCCCCAGCAAGAGCAAUCACACCGGGAAGGAUGGCCAGGUGUGGGAGAGACUCUGGACCUUGGAAGAGAUGCGACAGACCAGCGCCAACUGGUCCCUGGCUGCAGACUCAGGACUCUUCCUGUUCCUGCAAGACUUCUCCCAGAGGAUGCUGUCAAAGACUCAUGCGAUAGAGAAGCAGCUGGAUGGACUGAUCAGAGACACCAAGGCCACAGACUGCUGCAUGCACACCGUCUUCAACGACUUCCUCAUGCUCUCCAACACACAAUUCAUUGAAAACAGAGUGUAUGAUGAGGAGGUGGAGGAGGCGGUGCCAAAGCCUGAUGCUUUGGAGAGACCGCCUGAGCAGACUCGUGAGCAGAAGGAAGCCCAGCUGAUUCCUAAGGUCCAGGAAGCAGUGAACUACGGUCUGAUGGUGCUGGACUCUGCCUUUGAGCAGCUAGACGUCAAGGCAGUAAACUCUGACUCAGAGGACGAGGAGGCCACAGACAGAGUGGAGCCCAUACUGGAGCCCAAGGACCUGUAUGUGGACAGGCCUUUACCAUAUCUGAUUGGCUCUCAGCUUUUUAUGGGGCAAGAAGACGUUGGACUGGGCGACCUCUCCAGUGAAGAAAUGUCAGUCGACAGCGAUCGCGACACCGUCAUUGUGAGCGAAGAUGGCAAAGAUGCUAACAAGUCGUCUAUGUUGAGUGAUGAUGAGGACGAGGAGGGAGAUUCAGACAUAUUCGGAGAAUCGGRYGAWGAUGAUGAUGAUGACAGAAAGUCUUUGUGUCACAUUCAGAACCCAAGACCAUCAUCCUUUGCUGAUGAGCUGGCCGCCAGAAUCAAAGGGGAACCUAUCAGCAAGCCAGAGGGAGAUCGCACAUCAUUGUCGUCUGCCUCUAAGAAGAACAGUAAAGCAAAGAAAGAGCCCAAGGCUGAGAGGCCACCGGCUAUUGAAGAUGACAGCGAGGAGUUAUUCGGGCCGCCCAAGAUGGAGGACGAGGACUUUUCUCCCUUUGGWGGAAAAGGAAGCCUCUUCAGUGGARGGAGAGGACUGUUUGAUGAUGAAGGGGAUCUGUUCUCUGAUCCACCUAAACAGCCUGUAGCAGAGGAGAAGACCAMAGAGAACAGCCUGUUUGGCACUCCUAAUGACUCUGAUUCAGUGGAGGGUAGAGAGAACGGCAGUCCAGCCAAACCCAGCAAGACCCAGACAUCAGCCCCUAGAAWGACCGCUUUAGGGGGGCUGUUCGACGAUGAGGAGGAUGACUUCUUCACCGGCAAAAGCCUUAAUAAAUCCAGAUCAGCUGGACAGGAGGAACCCAAGCAGAAGACAGUGGAUCUGUUUGGAGGAGGUGAUGAGGAUGGUGACAUCUUCGGUGACAGCUCYGGUGUUCUGCCCCCUCUACAGAGCAGGAGGGAGGUGGUGGAGGAGGAGGAAGAACAGGUGAAACAGGCUCCUCAGAAAAAGAUGCCAGCAGGAGGUGUCUCCAUGUUUGGUCCUGGUACCAAGAGCCUGCUGACUGAGACACUAAAGAAACGACGGCCCUCCACCAGUGAAGAGUCAGAGGAGAUAUGUCCAACCAUCCCUAAGAGUCAGUCCAAGCCUGAACCGACACUUCAGAGCAAAGCUCUUCUGUCCAUAUUUGUUGACGAGGAGGAUGAGGAUCUGUUUGUGUCUGCGAAGAAGUCUAAGUCAAGCCAAACUGAAGAUGUCACACCACAAGUCAAGAAUCCUGUCUCUAGCGCCCUCUUCAGUGAUGACGAGGACCAUUGGAUGAGCUCCAAGCAUAGUGCAGGAAAGACUGGAGGGAUGAAGUCCAGUGAAAGCGCACCCUAUAGUCUACCCAGUGUCAAAGCAGAUCCUUUCGACAGCCUGUUCGAUGAGGAUGAUCUCUUUGCUGCUACCAAGGAGUUGAGUCAGAAGAAGCCACAGAGAGUGUCUCUCCAGUUUGAAGAUGAGACUGAGGAUGGUGAAGAUAAGGGAUCUCUCUUUGACUUCAAACCAGCCAUCAACAACAGCUCUACUCUAGCUGACCCUAAAGCUGCUGCUGUGGCCUCCCCAGCCCCCUCGCUGGUCUACACAGACAAACCUGAGGAGGUGACGGCACCUCCUCCCCCAGUGGAGAAGAGGCGUGCAGAGGAGAGGGCAGCGAAGGGUCCUGAUGUACAGCCCCUGUCCUCUCUACUAGAGGKCAGUGAGAGUAAGAAGAAGCCAGUAGGGGCCGUCAGUCUGUUUGGAGGGAUCAACGUGCUGGGAGACGGACUGGGAGCAGCCAAGCCUACAGAAGAGCGUCCUCAUACCAAGAGCAGUACCGGGGUGUUCCAGGAUGAGGAACUGCUCUUCAGUCACACUCAGCAGAGAGACAACCACCCCGACGUUGACAUCUUCGCCACGCCUGACAAGUCUGUGACCAACCUGGUGAUCAACCCUGCUGCCCUCCUGCCUAGAGUGUCCCCUUGGAUCCUAGGGGGGGUCAGUGGACUACCAGGCCUGAGCCCCAGCUCCUCAGGCCUCAGUCCCAGUACAGCAUGGACCCAGUCCCCCAGCGACGGAGGGCUUAGCUUCGACCACCCUGUCCAGUUGUCUGUGCUACAGUGUGCCAACAAGGGUCGAGCUAAAGGCUCCAUCUGCCGCAGGCCCCAGACCAGGGCAGCACGGCAGAUGUCAGCUCAGAGCUCUGUGGACCAGAAUAACCAGGGAGAGGACCGGGCCGGACACAGCCCAACCCUACCUCAUCCAACCCAGCCUAGUUUGGCACUACUUAACCCAAUCCAGCCUAGCCUGGCACUACCUAACCUAACCCUGCCCAGGCCUAGUCUACCCAACCAAGCCCUAACCACUGCCUUACCCUCCUUCUUACCUGCCUCUUUACCCUCCCAACCCCCGCUCACUGAUGUCUCUGUCAGACCGGCAGUUCUAACACUACCAGUGUCCAACACCCCUCUAAAGAGAGACUUUUCUAAGGGUAGCAAGGUGAAGGUGCUGCCCUCUCCCGACGAGGCUGACCUGUUUGGGUCUGUCCCUGCCCUAGCCCCAGUCCCCAAACUCACCGCAAAGACUACGGAGGGUGAGUUGACACCGAAGAAGGAGAAAGAAGGGACCCCUCCGUCCCUCUUUGACGACCCCAUGGGUGACCUGUUCCAGAACGUCAAGCCGAGGUCUGCGAUGAAGGCAAAGGCCUCUUCCUUCCUGGAGGAUGAGGACGAUGAAGAGUAUAUCUUUGUGCUGGGAAAGAGCUCUACUCCCACUACUAAAAUAACUGCCGGGGGGAAAGUCACUAAGGCAGGGAGCAACUCUACUCCCAAACAGGACCUCUUCCAGGAUGAAGCGGCGACGACCCCCAAAGCUCACAAAGACAAAUCCCUGGAUGCCAGCCUGUUUGACGACAACGUUGACAUCUUUGCUGAUUUGACGGCCACUUCAAAACCAAAAGAGAAGAAGUCCAAGAAGGCGGAGACUAAAUCCAUAUUUCAUGAUGAUAUGGAUGACGUCUUCUCUCCCAGCACUGUGAAGCCAAUGGCCAAGCAGCCUCCAUCCAAGUCCAGGAAAAGCCCUCCCUCCCAGGACACCAGUGCAUCGGACGGCUGGGGCAACAUCUUCGACCACCCUCACGAUGCUCUGGGUGGGAACUGAACCGUGGACUGUUCCUGAUGAACUAAAGCUUUGUUUGUGUCCCAAAUGGCACCGUAUUCCGUAGAUGGGUCAUUACUUUUGACCAUGGCUCAUAGGGUGUGCACUAUGUGGGGAAUAGGGUGCCAUUUGGGAUGCAGUCCCUAACUGUACAAUUGUGCAGAAAACGUUGUUGUUUUGGAGGACUGAAAAAGGGGUUGGAGAUAUUAACACUGUUCUUAUAGAGACUAUUUCUAUAAAAACAAUCCAUCGAUCGGCAUAACCUCGGAUGGAAAAAGGGGAUGAUUCUGAUACUCAUCUCUGAUUGAUAACAAGUAACUAUUUGUCUUUAUUUAAUGUCCAUGGUAGCAGGACUUAGCCAUCAUUAGGACACCUGCUAAUAAAGAAAUAGUAAAUUAUUUAUACAUGUAGUUGAGUUCUGGGUAUGUGGUUUAGCAUUGCCAUUCUGAGAUUACAUGUCACAAUCGGGCUGUGUCAUGUCACCGUUAUGAAAUCAUUGUUUUUGUCUUUCAAUUAAUAUGAAAUUGUUACAUUUGUUAACUUUGCCUGUGAUAAAUGACAAUAGAUC